AUGCUUCUGGGUUUAGCUGUAUAUUUGCUUCGCAGAUGUCCGGAAGGCACUUUUUUAAGAGCUGCUGUGGCUGCAGAUUCAGAGACAUGUUCAAACAUUGGAAGAGACAUCCUUCAACAAGGAGGCUCUGCUGUAGAUGCAGCAAUCGCUGCACUUCUCUGCACUUCUGUUAUCAAUGUGCAGAGUGUGGGGAUCGGAGGGGGCUCCAUAUUCACAGUGAUGGACAGCACUGGUGGGAAGUGGAUUGGCGUUCCAGGAGAAAUUCGAGGUUAUGAAAAAGUACACAAGCUUUAUGGAAAACUGCCGUGGGCCGACCUCUUCCAGCCGACCAUCAAGCUGGCCAGAGAGGGAAUCACAAUUCCUGCUGUUAUGGCUAGUUUCAUCUCAGCUAUCCAUAACACAAACGAGACUCGGGCUCUGAGGGAAUUAUUUUCAGAUGAGAAAGGAAACUUGCUGAAUACUGGAGACAAAGUGAAGUUUGAGAAACUGGCUGACACUUUGGACAUCACUGCAAAUAAUGGCGCUGACAGUUUUUAUACUGGAAAAAUAGCAGAGGAUUUAAUCCUUGAUGUACAGGAGGCAGGAGGAUUCCUCACGCUAAAGGACUUGGAAAUGUAUAAAGUUAAUGUAACUGAUGCGCUGGCUGUCCCUUUGGGAGAGUACCAGAUGUACAUCCCCCCACCCCCUUCAGCAGGCGUUCUCCUCAGCCUCAUCCUCAACAUCAUGAAAGAGUAUCAGAUUAAGUCAGAACCUCGGACUGCUGAUGAGAAGGCACAGUUUUUUCAUCUUUAUGCUGAAGCUUUAAAAUUUGCCAAUAGACUAAAAAAACACAUCCGGGAUCCAAAUGUUGUACCUGUAAAAAUUGAAAAGAUAUUAACAGCGGUCAGCUUCUCUGACAUGAUUCGGGCCAAGAUCAAGACCAACAUGACACUUGAUCCUAGGGAAUAUGACAUCCCCCUGAAUCUGACCAAAUCCCAGACUUCAAGCAGUGAUGACAGUCUCAACAAGUCCCCCGUCUUUGGUAGUACCUCACAUGUGUCUGUGCUGGCUGAAGAUGGAUCUGCUGUAGCUGUCACCAGCAGCAUCAACUUUCCGUUUGGUUCUCAAAUAUACUCUCCGCGGACUGGAGUCAUCCUCAACAACCAGAUAGGUGACUUCUGUGAAAGAGUCGAGAAUGUUUUUCCUGGGGAGCGACCUCCAACUUCCAUGGCCCCCGCUCUGCUGAAGUCUGAGUCAAAUUUGCUCAUGAUUGGAGCAUCUGGUGGGGAUUAUAUCACAAGUGCGAUAGCCUCAGCGCUCAUCAACCACCUUUGGUUUAAAAAAAGCCUUAAAGAGGCGAUUGGUGUUCCAAUUAUUUUUGUUGACUCUGAAGAUGUAGUGAAGUUUGAACCAAAGUGGGAUAAGGUUACAAGUCAGUUUCUUAUUGGUCGGGGGCAAAAUUUGACCAAAUUCUACAAUGUGGUUAAUGCUGUGGAGAAAACAUGUGGCUGCAUCUAUGCAGAGUCUGACGACAGGAAACUGGGGAAAGCAGCCGGCUACUGA